AUCUUCUCAGCACUAAUAAGAUAUCGCUAAACUUUAGUUGGACACCGCCAUUAUUACCCAAUGGAGUACUGACUACUUACACGGCGUGUGUGAGUCAGACAGCUCUCCUAGAUAACGAGGAACCAGUGUCAAACAGUGGAGCGUCUUUCUGUGAGCAUGAUAUUGAAGGUGAUAUGACUUCGGCAAUGAAAGAGUUCAACUUUUUCAGAGAUGGUGAUUCUUACUGCCUGACCAUUCAGAUCAGACCUCGCAAUGAUUAUGUGUUUGGGGAAUGGAGUGAGCCUUCUCUGAUCUAUCUUGGAGUACCAGGCUCCUGUACAGACCCUCUACCCACUGACCCUCCACCCACUACUGACCCACCCACUGACCCACCUACAACCAUGGAGAGUACAACAGACCCUCCAAACACGCCUUCUACUGGAGCUUUAAAACCCACCACCAAUCCUGUGAUCGUGAUUGGCGUGUCUGUAUUUGCUGCUGUGAUUGUUGUGCUUUGUGCCUGCAUCAUAUUCAUCUUAUUUUGCUACUGUGCGCGCAGGAGAAAAAGGAACUGGAGGCUCAAUAUUCUCCACGACCCGUCUGGGAUGGAUCUCAUGUUUAGUCGAGACCCUCAUCGCCACCUGCUCACUCAAACACCCACUGACCCCCAAUUCCCUGAAAUUGACGAGUGGGAAAUAUCAGCAUCGGAGAUUAUCAUAGAGGACUCCUUAGGGGAGGGUGCUUUCGGAGAAGUGUACAAGGGUGUAGUCAAGGGGCCGAUAAGGUGUACCAGAGUGCAGCCUUCUUUGAGGAAUGCUAUUGCAGUACCUGUGGCUAUCAAGUUGCUCAAAGGUACGUACAAUAGUUAUGGAUCCAACAUUGUAGUUGGGAGAACUAUAUUAAACAACUACCACGUCAAUUGUGUGCUGAGCAUGUGAACAGAGUUACAUUUU